GCAAGUACUUAAACAUCUGUCAAACGUAGACACUUACAAGGACUGCGGAGUACAAUGGCACUAAAAAAGUUCUGUGUAAUAAUAUUAGCAUUUGAAUUAUUCUCAGCCUCUCAGUGUUCCAUGGUCAAGAUUAAUAAUGGAGGAUAUGAAGAUAUUGUUAUUGCAAUUAACCCAAGGAUACCUGAAGAUAUAGAAGUGAUUGAAAAAAUAAAGGAUAUGGUGAGAGAAGCUACGCAUUACUUAUUUGAUGCUACAAAGAAAAGACUUUUCAUAAAGAGCGUGAAGAUCUUAAUUCCUUUUACCUGGACAGCAUCACCUAAUUACAUAAAAUCCCAGACAGAAACAUAUAACGAGGCUGAUGUUGUCAUUGAAACUCCUCACCUCAAGUAUGGAGAUGACCCAUAUACUCUUCAAUAUGGGAAGUGUGGGGAACCAGGACAAUAUAUUCAUUUUACCCCUAACUUCUUGAAGGAUGACAAAAUGAUUGAUGUAUAUGGGCCUCGAGGUAGAGUGUUUGUUCAUGAAUGGGCUCAUUUUCGAUGGGGGGUGUAUGACGAGUACAGCACAGAGACACCGUAUUACAUUGCUAGGAAUGGUAAAGUAGAAGCUACAAGGUGCUCGACUGACAUUGUAGGUGUUAAUAUGAAGAUACCAAGUCAAUGUGCUGGAAAUUCUUGCAAACCAGAUUUUUGCCUCUUUAAUUCUUCAACUGGCCUUUAUGAAGAUGAGUGUUUCUUUCUCCCAGACAAGGACCAGUUUGUCAGUGACUCUUUGAUGUACCUGCAGGCAUUACCAUCUGUAUCCCAAUUCUGUGAUAAAACGAGCCAUAACACUGAGGCGCCUAACCUACAAAACAGUGUGUGUGGAUAUCGUAGUACAUGGGAGGUUGUCAAGAAUUCUGUUGACAUAAAAAGUACUGCUCCAUUAAAUAACUUCAUUGUCCCCGAACCUUCUUUCACACUCCUGCAGCAUAAGGAGAGAGUGAUCACAUUAGUCCUUGAUGUCUCUGGAAGCAUGGGAAGUAAUUCCCGGUCAGAACGACUGUAUCAGGCUGCAGAAGUAUUCAUUAUUCAGAUCAUUGAAAACAAUGCUUCUGUUGGGCUUGUCGAGUUUUCGAGCUCAGCGUCCAUCCUUUCACAUUUGGUAAAAAUAACUGGUGAAAAAGAGCGUUUGAAUUUAAAGGCCCGUAUUCCCAAAAAAGCUAGUGGAGGAACGAAUGUCUGUCAAGGAAUUCGGUCUGGAAUUCAGGUUAACGAAAGGUUUGAUGGAUCAGCAGCUGGCACUGAAUUAGUACUACUAUCAGAUGGAGAAGACAAUUAUGAUACCAAUCUUUGUGUUUCUGAAAUACUGUCGAAAGGAAUAAUUCUUCAUUUUAUAGCUCUGGGACCACAAGCUUCAGAGGCAUUGAAUUACACUGUACAGAAAACAGGAGGAUUAUAUUUUUCAGCAUCAGACAGACUGGAUGCUAACGGAUUGAUUGAUGCUUUUAGCUCACUUGUGUCUAGAAACGGAGAUACCACUCAACAGGCUAUUCAGCUUGAAAGCAGAGGUUUGAAUUUGGCCAAUUCAAAUUGUUUGAAUGGCACAGUUUUCAUUGACAGCACGGUUGGGAACGACACAUUCUUUCUGGUUACAUGGCAAUCUGCAGUCCCAGCUAUCACUUUACAAGACCCAACGGGGAGAGUAUACAAGGAAACACACUUCAGUACUGACCAAGCUUCCAAAUCAUCCAGACUACAGAUCCCAGGAACUGCUGAGAGAGGACCAUGGAUUUACAGCCUUUGCAAUAAGUUAAGUACAACUCAAAGCAUUGGUAUAACAGUAAAUUCUAAAGCAGCUGAUGAACGUAUACCACCAGUUACUGUGAAGGCCCACAUGGACAAGGACAUAAACAAUGAUGGCAAUCCAAUGGUUGUUUAUGCGUCAGUAAGUCAAGGAUUACUGCCUGUAAAAGGAGCAAAAGUCACAGCGAUUAUUGAGUCAGCAACUGGAAAUUUGGAGACCAUAGAACUUUUGGACAAUGGAGCAGGUGCUGAUAUCGUAAAGGAUGAUGGAAUCUACACAAGAUAUUUUACCACUUUCGCUGUAAAAGGAAGAUACAGCUUAAAAGUACGAGUUGAAAGUGGCAAGAAAAGUCGCCUGGUGCUGCCAAAGAAUCGCGCUCUUUACAUACCAGGCUAUGUAGAAAAUGGUACAAUUCAUGUGAAUCCUUCAAAGCCAGAAAUUAACGAUGAAGACCUUAAUUUGGGAGAAUUUAGUAGGACAGCUUCAGGUGGUUCUUUUUUGGUGAAUAAUGUUGUCUCUGGUAGUCAAGACAUAUAUAAACCUGAAAAAAUAACAGACCUGAAGGCAAAGAUAGAAGGAAGUGCAGUUGUGUUGUCUUGGACAGCAACUGGUGAUGAUCUAGAUAAAGGAAACGCCGCAUUGUAUGACUUAAGAAUGGACACCGAUCCCAUAGAGCUCAGAGACAACUUUAACACUACAGUACAAGUUAACAUCUCCAGUUUGAAACCACAGCUGUCUGGAUCUGCAGAGACAUUUACAUUUGUACCUCAAAAUGUUGUUAUAGAAAAUGGAAUUGUUCUUUAUUUUGCCAUAGUUGCCAUUGAUAAAGUUUCUCAUCGUUCUGACAUAUCUAACAUAGCACAAGCUGCCCUGGUCAUCCCAACCACAACACCAGCCCCAACCACAACACCAGCCCCAACCACAACUACACCAACCAAAACUUCAUUGGCUCCCAUCACGUCAUCCAGUAACAAUUCAGGGAAGCUGAACAUAACCCAUCUGACAUUGAUAGUAUGUUCAGCAGUUAUUAUAAUAUGUGUUAUUAUAAGCAUCACAAUAUGUAUUGUGAGCAGACAUAAAAAGCCCAGAAAACCAGAAAUGAAGCUGUGAUCAAAAUGGGUGAGAAAUUCUGGAAUAUUACACUCCUAUUUUUGUCUUUAGUUUAUCCAACAAUAUAUUCAGUGGUGCCCCGUCACAAAAGCAUAAAAAAGGUUAUUUAGCAUUAGCUGCUAAAAAAACCUGUCUCAAGAAUAAGGGCACUGAUACAAUAGAAAUAUAAUGCGUUUAUUGUUUUUUUUUAAUAAAAGUGAUUAUUUGGGUAUUUUGUGUACAUUGCAGUUAACUGUAUUUUCAAAUCAUGUAUUGUUGGUGUAAUUUAUAAAUAAACACAUGGCAGAUAUUUUUAUACUCAA